AGAAAUUGUGUCCGUUUGUGUGUCGCGGCGCUGCGGAAGGUUCCGCGCUGAAAUGGCAGCGGUGAGAUGCAGCACUCUGGAAUAUUUUCCUGAAAACGUUUUAAUUGAUAUUUUAUCUUAUUUAAAUGUGCGAGAACUCGUGCGAAACUCCAGGGUCUGCAGGCGCUGGAAGCAGCUGGUGAAGGAUCAGAGACUCUGGAGAGCUGUUGAUCUCUCCACAUGGAAAGGGCUGACGUCUCGAGUGCUGUGGGUUCUGCUGCGUCAGUAUCUGGGUCACGGGCUGCGACGUCUGCGUCUGCGUGGGCUUCUGCUGUCUGCGCGCCGCGGAGCCUUCCUCACCGAGUCCUGGCUGCAGACGCUGUGCUCGAAGUGCCCUCGUCUGUGCAGACUCUGCCUGCAGCACACAGACCUGCGCCGUCUGCGCAGCUGCUCUCUGCUGCCCUCUUCACUGCAGGUGCUGGAGCUGAGUUCCUGUGAAGUCCCGGCCGGAUUCUUCGCUCAGGAUCCCGAGACGGACGGCAAAGCAGGAAUAGAAACGCUAAUCGUGGAGAACGUGCCGUCGUUCUCGGACCAGCACCUGCGCAGUUUGUGCAGCUGGAGGCGGCUGCGGCGUCUGGAGCUGCGGGAUCUGAUCCGUGUGAGCGCAGGCGGGCUGGGAGCUGCGCGGACGCUCGACCGCCUCACGCAGCUGCAGCUGGAGACCUGGAGCCGGACGCAGAUGGUGGCGCUGGGGCUGGGCCGGGGCUGGCCGGGGCUGGAGAGACUCUGUCUGGGCGGGAACGAGGUCAGCCCGGGUCUGCUGUCUGUCAGCCGUCUGCAGGAUCUGCGCUGGCUGCGUCUGCACAAGUGCAGACUGAACCAGAAGAUGGUGCUCAGAUGCUGCAGGUCUCUGACGCAGCUGCGUGUGCUGGAGUUCAGCGAGGUGGAGUUUGUGGAGGAUGAGGAUGAGGAUGAGGAUGAGGUGAGAGCGGACGAGUCAGACAGACAGCAGAGCGAUGAAGACGAUCCUGUGCCGAGCCUCAGACGCUCGUUACGCUCGCUGCUGCCCGAGUGCAGUGUGUGUUUCAGCCGCUGCACGCUCACCAUCAACAGAGACUGACUGAGAACAGACACCCUCGCCCUCUUUACAGACAUGCACAGGACAUGAUUUCUACUGUAAAAUAAAAUGAUUGCAUCUGUC